AUGUUCUGCGCUCAAUGUGUGUUAUCAUCCUCCCGUCUACCACUCAUAUCUCUCACCUCUCGGUCGUUUGCCACUGGCCAACUGCCACGAGCUGGUGAUGCGCCUCGCCCACCCGCCAAACCAGUAUCAUUAGAACCAGCUCCCUAUAGAUCCUCUGUUACGGCCGACGGUAAGCCUCGGGUAAAGAGUGGGACACCCGGCGGAACAGUCCUCAAAAACAUCAACUUUCUGAAAAAUAGAUCCGAUCCUAUUGCGAUGGAGGACUCGGAAUAUCCGGAAUGGCUAUGGUCCAUGCUCGAGAAUAAGACUGGCGCUGUGGGCGAUUCAGCUGCGGCGGGUGAUGCAUACUCUAAAUCAAAAAAACAACGUGAUCUUGCAAAGAAACAGGCUGCGAAGGUUGCCCGUAUGGAGGCUAGAAACAAAGACGGUUGUAUCUACUAGCGGAGGCCUCCUUCAUAAACUUCCUGCCAUUCCAGGCACAAGAGGGUUAAAGCCAGCAGCAGUGGAGAUUGGGAAGGAUGUUCAUGUUACGCCGCUGGAAGCUCAAGCAGCGCGGUUAGAAACUCGGACAGCCUUGAGGAAGGCACAAAGGGCGGGUAUUCGAGAGAAGAAUUUCUUGAGCACCCUAAAGGUAACGUUGCAAGGGAUAGCUUGCUCAAAUCAUAGGUUGUCACUCGGAAAUCAAUAUGCCCUAUCAUAACGUA